GUACUUCCUUUGCAAUGAACAAAUACUCUGUAAUGCGUAUCUAUCUUGGCGGAGCAAAAGUGAAACAUUGAAGGAUCCGUCCUAAAGGCCACAAAAGAAAAAUUGGUUAACUGAAAGGAAGAUGGACAGAAUUGUUUUAAUAUUCUUUAUACUGAUUACACAUGGCGUCCCUGCUGAAAAUUCCAGUAAUACAAUUUCUAUAUAUGCUCAUGAGGAGGAUGCAGUCUUUCUACCUCUGCCUGAACACCUACUGAAUCAAACAGAUUAUGUUUGGAAAAAAGGAAAAGAACAUAUCGCCACGAGUUUUAGAAAUGGCUCUAUACACAUACCAGACCUCAAAUACAGAGACAUUUUAAACAGCUCUCAUGAUGGUUCCCUGAUUAUAAAAGCUCAGGAAUGGGGAAACAAAGACAAAUAUUCAGUAGACGUAAAAAUGAAUGACAGUCUCUCUACAAUACAUUAUUUCGUCAAAGUUCAAAAUCAUAAGUUUAUCCCACAUGCUAAGGGCCCAAUAAAUGUAUCUGCUACAGUUGGAGGAAAGUGCACUCUACCCUUGGAAGAUGGUGACUAUGAAAGGAGUAAAAUUGUAAAGAUUGAUUGGCUCACAAAGAGAUGGGCUUACUUUGCUGAAACAAAAACAGAUGGAGUAAUUAGUAUUCUAGAAGACAUUUAUGAAGGAAAGUUGUCCAGCUCACCAGAAGGCUGCCUAAUAUUUAAUAACGUAAGAAAGAGGAAUCAAGGGGUGUACCGAGCCUGCAUAUUUUUAAAUAAUGGAAAAAUAUUCGAGCAAAUGUACCAGGUCAGCAUUUCUGAUCAUAAUUAUAUCUCACAUGCUAAGGGACCAAAUGUAGAACCUGAUUUUGAUGAGAGAACAUCAACUGAUUCUGCUUCAGAUAGUGAAAAUAUAAUAAACAUCCAUUUGGUUACCAUAUCUGUUCUCAUCGGGGUUAGCAUAUUUACCAUUGUCCUAGUCACCAUCUAUAGAUAUAAUAUCUAUCAACAUAAAAGUAAUAAGGGUAAAAUGGAAACUAUGUUCGAUCCAAAAGAAUACAACAAAACCCGGACGAACCAUGACACGUCUCAUUUAGAAUCUCAGACUCAUUCUCAGACUCAUUCAUGUGUGACUUUUCCAGCAACUUCCCCUACCCCCCCGAUGGUGCCUUUACUUUGACGUAGUGGGGGGGCUUGUGUGGUCAAAAAACUGGAGAGCUUUACCAGCAAUAGCAGGGCUAUCUGUAGGGUCCCCUAUGCUAGACAGAUCUCUAGUGAUGACCCGGACAAAAAGGGGCACCCUUCAGGUAGGCUUUGAUAUCUGGUUAAAAAAUCUAGACCUUUUUGCCUCCUGUUGUCUUCAUCUUAUAAAAAAUAAAUCUACCCAACGAUCUUU